UCUUGUACUAUACUUGAUAAUGACGUAAUUGCCAAUAAUUAAUAUGAUUACCAAUUAUUCAAUUUUUUGAACCAAGUUAAAUACCAGGUUAAAUAAUACUAUUGAAACAAAUCAGGGUAUCUUCCGUUCAUUCCAUAUCCGUUUUCAGAUCAGAAAACGGAAAACGAAAAAACAAAUCGUUUUUUAAUUUAUCAUUUUAUUGUCUUGGUUUAAUAUUUACAUAAAAUUAUAUUUUUCCAUUCUACCACACGACCAAUCUUCUCUAAAUAACAGAUUUUAGAAUAUUAGCCCAAAAAUGGAAUCUGACAUUUUGAUUUCUCAAUUAAACUAUGUGACCCGGAACCGGAAGUUCACGCGCCGGAACUUUGAGAAUAAUGGAAACCAAUAGCACGUACGGAUGGUCAUGCUAGAAGAAGAAGCACGUGCGGAUGCCGAGACUUCAUCAUGGACACUUACACGCUUUUUAAGGGUACUAAGAGAGUAACAUUAAAGGACGAAGACAUGACAACUGAUAAAAUUGGCCGUAUAUUUCAGGUGUGCAGUUCCAGUGUUUACAUCACCGAUGAUACCAACAUAGCAAUCUUCGCUGGAGAGGGUGGAUAUUUUAAUAGUAUUCAUCUUGCUCCAAGAGGACAUUACGAAGUCCACGGAGAUACCGUGGAGGCGCAAUCUGUGGAGUCAAGUGCUAGACCCAUGGCUGGGGCUGGGACUGGGGCUGGAGCUGGAGCUGGGUCUGGGUCUAUGCGCUUUACAUUUCAACGACCCAGUGCGGCCGCUGGUUUUGCUUCGCAGCCAUCUUUGGCUGCGCCGCGAGCCGGUAUGACAAAACCUUUUCAAAGGAAUGUUUUUCUUGCUGAUCUGGUGGGUGGAAAAUGGACACCUCAGAAGACUGUGGCGAUCCGUUUUCACGAAUAUGAGGCAUCCGUUCCUGGCAAUCUUGGCAAAAGUCCAGGAUGCUAUUGGAUCAGAAGAUGGUAUGAUACUGACUGAUGGCCAGGGGAACGAAAUCCUCGAUACAGAGGGAACAAAAGGAUCUGCAUACUGGAAACAAAACUCUAGGAAGGUUUUUGCUGUGUCUGAACAACAGUUCUUGGAAAUGAGAUCCAAAAGGAGGAGAAUAAGCCAACGGGAUGAUGACAGCCAGCUACCAGAGGUCCUAGAAAGAAUUGAAGAGGUGGUGUUGGCUUCCCAAGAACUGCCAGAGGUUGCACAGGCCAUCAGAGGAUUAUCGGAGCUGACUUUGGCACGCAGACAUUUUAUUCUGUAUUUCACAGAUGAAGAACGUACAGCAAUCAAAAAUGCAUUUUCUUGCAUUAUUUGCAAAGGGCCCAUGAAUGAUCCUGUUUUCGCAGUUUGCUGUCAUAGUCUCAUUGCAUGCAAAGUGUGCAUAGAUCAGUGGCAGCGAAAUGCCAACACUUGUGUUAAAUGCAGAGCAGACAACUCGAGGGAGAACACCUACAGAGUCACAGGAAUUGAUGGUGCAUUGUCUGCUUUUGGUGAUUUUAUCAAAGUUUAA